AUGGACCUCACCGUGCACCACCAUGGCACCCCGCACAGCGUCCAGCUCUCCGACUCGGCGACAUUACAAGAUCUCUCCGCAGAGAUAGAAAUCAUCCUCAACAUCCCCACGGAAAACCAGAAGCUCCUCAUCGCGCCUAAACCAGGCAUGCAAAAGGCACCCUUCCCACCAACCCAACUCAGCACCAUCCUGCCUCUCGACUCUCCCAAAUUCAAGAUCACCCUCCUCGGCCACCCAGCCAAAGCCAUCGCCGAUCUCCAUGAACAAUCCGACUCUAUACGCAAACGCCAGGAAGCACGCGCCUCCGCACUCGCCGCUGCUCGACGCGCAAACCAUAAGCCUUCUCCGUCCAACCGCGGUGGCAUCCACACCCUCUCCGCCUCAACCACCAACUACACCUUCCACCGUCUCCUCCCACUCUCCUACCUCCCGCGCCCCGAACGCUCUCUCGAAUUCCUCAAACGACUCCGCGACGACCCAGGCAUCCGCGCAGCCAUGACAAAACACAAAUUCUCCGUCCCCCUCCUCACAGAAAUGAACCCAGCCGAGCACACGACCAGUGAGUCGCGCACGCUAGGAUUGAACCGCAACAAGGGCGAGGUCAUUGAGUUGCGACUUCGCACGGAUGCCUAUGACGGGUACCGCGAUUACAGGACUAUUCGCAAGACCCUGUGUCAUGAGCUGGCGCAUUGCGUGUUCGGUCCGCAUGAUCGCGACUUUUGGGAUUUGACGGCGCAGAUUGAGAAGGAGGUUGAGCGGGCGGAUUGGAAGAUGGGUGGGAAUCGGUUGACUGGACAGGACUUUUAUGAUCCUGGGGAUUGGGAGAGGGUGCAGAGUGGGGAGGAGGUGAUUGAUGAGCAGGGGUGGACGGGUGGGGAGUUUGUGUUGGGGGGAUUGGGGGUGGAUGAGGCUGGACGGAGUGCUGGUGGAAAUGGGUCUGGGGCUGCAUCUGCGGCAGCGACGGGGUCGUUGUCUAGGAGAGAGAUUCUGGCAAGGGCUGCGGAGGAGAGGAUGCGGAAGGAGAGUCCGAAGGAGAAGCAGGAUGAUGCUUGA